AUGUCCCAGAUUCACACCAGGAGACAGCCGUACCACAUGUCUCAGAUACACACCAGGAGACAGCCGUACCACAUGUCUCAGAUUCACACCAGGAGACAGCAGUACCACAUGUCUCAGAUUCACACCAGGAGACAACCGUACCACAUGUCUCAGAUUCACACCAGGAGACAGGAGUACUAUAUGUCUCAGAUUCACACCAGGAGACACCAGUACCAUAUGUCCCAGAUUCACACCAGGAGACAGCCGUACCACAUGUCUCAGAUACACACCAGGAGACAGCCGUACCACAUUUCUCAGAUUCACACCAGGAGACAGCAGUACCACAUGUCUCAGAUUCACACCAGGAGACAACCGUACCACAUGUCUCAGAUUCACACCAGGAGACAGGAGUACUAUAUGUCUCAGAUUCACACCAGGAGACACCAGUACCAUAUGUCCCAGAUUCACACCAGGAGACAGCCGUACCACAUGUCUCAGAUACACACCAGCAGACAGCCGUACCACAUGUCUCAGAUUCACACCAGGAGACAGCAGUACCACAUGUCUCAGAUUCACACCAGGAGACAACCGUACCACAUGUCUCAGAUUCACACCAGGAGACAGGAGUACUAUAUGUCUCAGAUUCACACCAGGAGACACCAGUACCAUAUGUCCCAGAUUCACACCAGGAGACACCAGUACCAUAUGUCUCAGAUUCACACCAGGAGACAGCCGUACCAUAUGUCCGAGAUUCACACCAGGAGACAGCCGUACCACAUGUCUCAGAUUCACUCCAGGAUACAGCAGUACCAUAUGUCCCAGAUUCACACCAGGAGACAGCCGUACCACAUGUCUCAGAUUCACACCAGGAGACAGCAGUACCAUAUGUCUCAGAUUCACACCAGCAGACAGCCGUACCAUGUGUCCCGGUGUGGCCAGGGUCCCCAGCUGAGCAUUUUCAGCGGUCAUUCUCAGAGCCGGCCCUAA